AUGGUAUCCUUCUACGGUCCACUCUAUUCCCUCCGUCCCUCACUCCCCUUGAAGGACUUCCUCAUGACCUGGUCGCCCAUUUUUCGGUCCGUCACCGGAAUUCGUGACGCCCGACCGUGCUCCGCGGAAACUCCGGCCCUCACUCUGAUACCAAUGCUGUUUGCCCCAGACUGUCGCCUA